CUUGAAAGUGCUUCUAGCCUCACGCCACCCGAAUUACGACGAGGUCCGGGACGUCCGAGAAAGAUUCAAAAUAAGGACAAACAAGUUGUAUUUGAACUACGCGGGAAACCCUUUGGACUCAGAGAUGGUCAGACAGAUUCCAUGUAUCAGCUGUGUAGAGCCUGGAUGCGUGGCAAGGCCAGCGAACCGCCGGAACCACAGCCUAUUGUACCACCACCCGUUGAUACCUCAUUGGAUCUUCUCGUUAUGAGAGAUAUCACAGCGCUACCGCGAGCACGAUCUCCAUAUCCAGAAGAAUCGGAAUGGCCUGACAAGGCAACUAUUGACAAAUUUGACUCGAAUGUUGAUCCAAAUAAUUUAUUGGCAUUGCGCCAAGAAUAUGCUAGGCAUUGGAAACAAGUCAAGGCUGGGUGGAGAGCACACACAAGAAGACGAGCUCAACGAUAUCAUAGAAGUAUACGAUUGCUGGAAACAGUUUAUCAAAUUAAUCAAGACAAUACUGCUUGA